AUGGUCUACACUCACCGCUGCACACUGUGCUUGCGGUCCAACAAGAUCAAGGACUGCGCCUCUGACCACAACAUGAGAUCGCACUUAGGCGCCCCUAGCACUCACAACAUGGGCCCCUUCGAGUGCCAGAUCCCUGGCUGCGGUCUUCGCUCCCAGAGACAAGAUCGCAACAACAACCACGGCAACCACCAAGCUGUGUGGGCUCAGCCCCAGGCUCUGAUCACAGCCUUGAACAGAGAGGUUCAGGCCUGUCAACAGGCUUUGAUCAACGCCGCCGCGGCCCCUGUUCCUCCAGUGGCUGCUGCUGCCAACGUCGUUCCUCCUGUGGUCGUCCCUGCUGUCGCAGUCCCUCCUGCCACCGUUCCUCCUGUCGCCAUCCCUCCUGUGGUCGCUGCCGCAACCGCCGCCCCUCCAGUGGCUGCUGCUACUAACGUCGCUCCUGCUGUGGUCCCCCCUGCUGUGGUCGGCCCUCCUCAGGCUGUGCCUACUGGAGCCUCUAUCGCUGCCGCUCAGGGUCUCAAUGCUGUUCAAGGCCCUCCUGCAAGCGUCCAGGGUCCUCCUACUGCAGCUCAAGUUCCCCUUGUCGCCGUCCCCACCGUUCAAGUCCCUGACCCAGUCCCUGCGGCUCAGGUACCUGCCGCUACUACUGCUGCUGAUGCUGGUGAUGAUCAAUUCAAAUAUGGUCAUUUUAAAUAUGAAAUGGAUAAUUUCGAACUUCGACACGCUGGUGAGACCCGUGACGAUAUCGAGGCACAGUACGAAAAAGAGCAGAAACUUUGGUACCAACUUGAUGAGUAG